GGCCGCAUGGGGAGCUUUGUGAUGACGGCGACGGAGCGGAGAUCGGACUAUGUACAUUUAGUGCAAGCAUGGAUGGCAUCUUCAGAAGUCUCUUCCCCAUGGAUCGAAAGGAACUAAAUCCUGGUGAAAACCAGGUGCCUGGCAGGAGCCUUGUACUUGUGAACCAUAACAAUAACCAUAACGAUAACAAUAACCAUAACUAUGAGCCUGAGAACCAUGAGCAUGAGAACCAUGAGCAUGAGAACCAUGAACAUGAGAACCAUGGACAUGAGAACCAUGGACAUGAGAAACAUGAACUUGAGAACCAUGAACUUGAGAACCAUGAUCUUGAGAACCAUGAACUUGAGAACCAUGGACUUAAGAACCUUGAACUUGAGAACCAUGGACUUGAGAACCAUGAACUUGAGAACCAUGAACUUGAGAACCAUGAACCUGAGAAGCAUGAACCUCAGAACCAUGACUUUGAGAACUAUGAACUUGAGAACCAUGAACUUGAGAACCAUGAACAUGAGAACCAUGAACCUGAGAAGCAUGAACCUCAGAACCAUGACUUUGAGAACUAUGAACUUGAGAACCAUGAACUUGAGAACCAUGAACUUGAGAACAAAUGCUUGGAUGAGUCAGGUUCUGGGAUGAGGCAGGUUUUGAGAACAAACCAAGAACAAAACUUGAGAACAAACAAUGAACAAAACUUGAGAGAAAAUCAACUUGAGGAAAAUAGAUGCGACAAAACAUUGAGCAUAAAAGCAAAGCAGAGAAAAUGCUGUGAUGAAACUGAGGUGAUGAAAUGUUAUUAUUUACAGAUUGUGAAACCUAAGAAGAUACUCUUGAAGAAAGCACAGAAAGAACAUGACAGAAAGAUGCGACAGGAUAGACGGGAAAGAAUUUAACCAUGUAUGAGCAAACAUUGAUGGAUGGCUUGGGAGAAGACGUGAUGAAACAGUCUGCUGAGGAGAAUUCUGACAAACAAGAGAGUACUGAAGAGAUCAUAAUGGUUUGCAAGCAAGUGAAGGAAGCAGUUUGAUGAAAAGUGCAGCAACAUGGGAAGAUGUUUACAG